GUGCUUACAAUUAUCCUAGGCUGCGUCUGCAGAGAACGGGAAGGGGGGGUCUCACCAGUACCCUGACAGAAGCAAGUGUGUUGCAGAAGUGGGAAGUUUCAGGUAACUGUGGUGUCUGGGGAAGAAAAGUCACAGUGCAGUCUGAAGUGAGCAGAGUGGGGUAGUGCAGGCUCUUCAUGACUGAUGUUCCCUGGGUUUUCCCUCAGUGGCAGCAUUUGGGACAAACGCCUGGGUCAUCUAAAGAGCUCGCCUGCCACCUGCUCCAGCAGUGCAAAGAGGGUUGCUGUCCUGCAGUAUUCCUCUGAAACUCAGGUGGGCUUCAGUGCAUUUCAGUGCUUGGCUGCCCACCCAGGACACAGCAGUAGUGGUGUCACCUGCCUGUCUCCUCCUCCACUUGUCAGUGUCUGCACGUGCUCGCUGUUGGCAGGGGCAGAGCAUUCAGUGACCAAGUCCCGUUUGUGGUCGCAAAUGAAUGUGUUGGCCACCUAGGCAUAAGGUCUGGCUUUCAGCUGAUUUUGAAAAUAACAGCUGGUAAAUCACUAGGAUCUGAUUGUUUAAAGGUAUUCAGAAGACCUGGAGCCUCUUGUCCUUGCCACACCAAAAUUCUGGAUUUAUAUUUUUCUCUGUCUUGGAGGGAUGUUUAUUCACCUUGUGUUUUCUGCAGUUGCUGGGAUAGGAUGGUUCAAUGUUGUUCAUAGGAUCUGCUGUGUUACUUUGUUGGAGAAAUUUGAUGAAGUGCAGAAAAUGAUUUGGAUAUUUUGAUGUAAGUCUGUGGCACUGGCCAUUAUAGAACAGAAAGGAUUCUCUCUGGCACUGACUCACAGCUAUGGACAUUUGCCUGAAGCAGUGCUGGACUGUCACAUACAUACUGGUGCAAAGUUAUUUGCAGUUGGGCAAAGCAUCAUCUUGGCAAAAACCAGUAGUGUCUCUAAGAAAAAAAGGCACAGCUACUGUGUGAAGGAGGGCAAGUAAAAAGCUUUGUGGAGUCACGUAUUUUUGAGGGUGUUUUCUUCUGUCAGCUGAAAAUCUCUUUUGAGUCAAGCUUUUCUGAACAAAAGUUUAAAUCUAGUAAAAAUCAGUGAGUGAGGGGAAAAAUUAAGUUAUUAAUUUGUUUUCCAUGGGAUUUGAACUAUUUGCAUCCAUGAGAAAAGGGACGUUCUGCCUUAGCCCUCUAGCCGUGGUUGCGUAAUAAACGUGGGAGGGGUUGGGUUUGGGGUGGGUUUGUAGCCUGGUUACCUCCGAAAAUAAAGGUUUGGGGUUGGUUUAGGUUUCUAACUUUUUUUUUUUUUUUUAAUGCAGAAGUUACAUUUCUCCGCUCUCAUCAGUCAUGGAUUGAAAUACAUUUUACACAAAGCUGAAAGCAGCUUGCUAAACCCUUGAUGAGUUUUGCAUGGUCAAACAUAUAUAUAGGGAUACCUACAAAUUGAAGAAUGGACUUAAAUAGAAGUUGUGAUUUUCUAUUGAUCUGAGACAAGUGGGAAGGAAAAGCAUUACUUGAGUUUAUAAAGUGCCCCUCUGACACCAGUAAUACUAUCUGUUAUUGGAGGAUAAAAACAACCUGAGGUUUUGGAUUUUAUUUUCUUAUACCAGUAUAAAUAAGUAAUGUGUUAAGACAUAUUUUAACUGGCUUAGGAACUGGUUCCAGCUUUCUGGAUUAUUUGUAUACUUCAAUAUUUAAUUCCUUUUUUUAUCUUUUUGUCUUUGUUUCAUGAACGACAGUUUUGUAGAAAAAAUACUUUUAGAUUAAUGAUGUCUGCCUAUAAUUUUGACUUUUCUCUCAAUUCCAGUUGCUGUAAAGUUAGUCAAAUUUAAGAAGAGAUGGAGACAAUGUGAUGGUACAUAGAAUGGACUGCACAUAUCAGAAAGUUGUGUUUUAAUCAACAAGUAUAAAAUUUCUAUGGUCUUCUUAGGUGCUACUCUACGUCUAGAAUCCUGUCUGAAUAAAAAUAGUGAUGCUAUGCUUUUCUGAGACAUUCAGCAUUGCAAGCUGACUUCUGUGGAAGCUGCAAGAUCUGAGGUGCUUUUGAAACUCUUGCCAAAGUGUCAGAGGAGGAAAGCAAAGAUAUCAGAUUAUCACUAUGCUUUUAUCUUUUGAGGCAGAACUGUGGUGCACUAGGGAAGUGGCUUUGUUGCCAAAUGGAUCAUCAUUCCCUUUAGAUCUCUCCCACCUUGUUCCUGCCUAAUCAUCUUCUGACAAGAAAAAUACUGUAAUAAUACAAGUACCCUGAGAGCUGUAAGAGUGAGUGUAGAUCUGGGGUAUUAAAGAAAAUGUUUGCUGGUAGAACUGUGGCGUGAUCGUGUGUAGUAAUGAUGACUACAUGUUGUGACUGCACAAGUUUUAUAUAAAAAUGUUCUUUUAUAUUCAAAUGGCUGAAAGAUGCGGAAUGUCUGUUUUGGAGAGCUGAGGAGUGGGAGGGAAUGCUCUAUGAGUGUUUGACAGGUUAGGGAAGGGAGAGUUCUUCAGAUAUACUUCCUUUCUAUAGGAUGACUGUAUACCUCAAUAGUGCCUCUGUCACUGCAUCCUUACUGCUGCUCGGAAGAUACGGCUCUAGCCUGGGACCUGCUUGAACUGCCUGUGAACCACAUACAACUGAAGAACUACUGGUUACUCAUCCUUGUCACUUUUAUACCCGGUAUGAAUACUAACCGGAGGCAAAAACUGUGUGAAGUGGGACUGAUGGGAAACAGCUGGUUUCUGAUACUGCACAUGAACUCUCUGGGCAGGGAUUUAUUGCAGUUAAUAUUUAUGCAGGAUUUUUUGAAAGGUCUUUAGUUUGUUGUGCUGGUACCUCAUCACUGAAGAGAAAACAACAUGAGCUUCUGCUGUUUAGGUGUUUGAAAAAUGCCCAGUAAUUUUCUGCCCAGUAACAUGCCUUGGAAAAUUUGCCCAAAGUAAGCUUACAGGCAUUGUGAUUAGGAGAGGGAGGGUGUUCUGGCUUGUAAGGCAUAUUCAACAAUCAUUUUCUACCUACCAGGCUAUUUUAGAAGUGUAGUGAUUGAAUUUUCUGAAAGUUAUGCUUCACUUUAGAAAAUACUGGAAUGUGUUUUUCUUGUGUCUGUGUCAGCUUGAGAGCUUAAACAAAGAAUUUUGAAUAGGUCUUUAAAGAUUUGAAGGGAUGGGCUUUAGAGUAAACACAUCCUGCUUUUUAAAGAAACUGACAUUUGUGUCUUUGUGUCAUACUGCAGUUUUUUGUGCUUUCUAUGAUGAUGGGAAUCAGUUCCAAACCAGGCUGAUGAUCAACUGAACUGAGUCAACUUUUGUUGAGAUUUCCAAAGAUUUUGUUGAGAUUGCACAAGAGGUUUGAGGGAAAAAGUUUGGGAGCAUGUGACAGUUAAUCUCUUUAGCAGUAAGAAUGAAGUUUAAGCACACUGUUGGAAAUUUAUUCAGUUCUGUGCUGCUCUUUGUUUUAAAUAACAAUCUCCUGCUUAGAUUGGGAGCGUAAACUUCUUUCCACUUUAGUCCAAUUAAAUCAUGCUUGGAAGCUGUCAGUGGUGGGGAGAACUCCGCCCUACCCCCCUUCUUUUAAUUGUUCAAUGAGUCUGUUGAAUAAUGAAAGAAUUUGCCUGACAGGGUUGUAGUGUUUCCUCGUCUUGAUGAAUUAUUGCAGAGGAUAAACGACACACUUUUGUCGAAAAUGCAUUGGAAUGACUCAUCCAAUUCCUCAGAAAGUGACAAUGAAGCUCAUUCAGCCUUUACACAGACUGAGCACAACAUAGUUGCAGCUUACUUAAUAACAGCAGGAGUGAUAAGCAUUUUCAGUAACAUUGUUGUGUUAGGCAUCUUUGUUAAGUACAAAGAGCUUCGGACAGCAACCAAUGCAAUUAUUAUCAACUUGGCUUUUACUGACAUUGGUGUUAGUAGCAUUGGUUACCCCAUGUCUGCUGCCUCAGACCUGCAUGGAAGCUGGAAAUUUGGAUAUACUGGAUGCCAGAUCUAUGCUGCCUUAAAUAUCUUUUUUGGGAUGGCGAGUAUUGGUUUGCUCACUGUUGUUGCAGUUGACCGUUAUCUGACAAUCUGCAGGCCUGAUAUAGGAAGAAGAAUGACUACCCGUAGCUAUACAGCUCUAAUCCUUGCUGCUUGGAUAAAUGCAGUCUUUUGGGCUUCCAUGCCUAUUCUAGGCUGGGCUAGCUACGCUCCCGAUCCAACUGGAGCAACGUGCACAGUAAAUUGGAGGAAAAAUGAUGUGUCCUUUGUUUCCUACACAAUGAGUGUAAUUGCUGUUAAUUUUGUUGUGCCCUUAACAGUCAUGUUUUACUGUUAUUACAAUGUUUCCCGGACAAUGAAACAAUAUGCCAGCAGUAACUGCCUGGAGAGCAUUAACAUAGAUUGGUCUGACCAAGUAGAUGUGACAAAGAUGUCUGUUGUGAUGAUUGUAAUGUUCUUGAUGGCAUGGUCUCCAUAUUCUAUUGUGUGUUUGUGGUCUUCCUUUGGAGACCCAAAGAAAAUUUCUCCUGCAAUGGCCAUAAUAGCUCCUCUUUUUGCAAAAUCUUCCACAUUCUAUAAUCCCUGUAUUUAUGUCAUUGCAAACAAAAAGUUUCGGAGGGCGAUCCUGGCAAUGGUGCGAUGUCAGACAAGACAAGAGAUAACUAUAAACAAUGCUUUGCCCAUGAGUGUAUCUCAAAGUGCAUUGACAUCAUAGAACUCCUGUCAUUUGCCUGCAUAAAUUACGUGGAAAGGAGUGAAAUCUGGGUUAAAGCUAAUUAAUCUUUUGGAAUAAUAAUCUGUCCCAGCCAGCUGUUUUUUGUUAGUCACAGUAAUCCUUUUAGAU